AUGCGUUCUCAGGGUCAUCGCGACGCAGCAAAACCCGAAGGCGUAUCUCAUAUUCUAGGAUCUACUUUCUUCAGUGAGUUUGAGGUUCGACCAACAAGCGUUGAAACUAGAUCCCAGGACCUGCAACUACUGCUGCGUAAUGCGCUGUUUGGUUUGAUCAUCGCGCCACGCGUCGUUCUCCAAGAUACAGUCAUCGAACCUUUCUCCCCUAAGCACAAUGUGAUCGUUGGUCGUAAUGGAUCCGGCAAAAGUAACUUCUUUGCGGCCAUUCGUUUCGUUCUCAGUGAUGCCUACACUCACCUUGGCAGGGAAGAGCGCCAAGCUCUCUUGCACGAAGGCUCGGGCUCGGCCGUGAUGUCCGCGUACGUUGAAAUCAUCUUCGACAACUCAGACGAACGAUUCCCAACAGGCAAGCCGGAACUCGUGCUGCGCCGCACUAUUGGAAUUAAAAAGGACGAGUACACACUUGAUCGCAAGAAUGCGACCAAGAACGACGUCAUGAACCUCCUUGAGUCCGCCGGUUUCUCUCGUUCCAAUCCUUACUAUAUUGUGCCGCAGGGUCGCGUCACGGCAUUGACAAAUAUGAAAGAUUCGGAGCGUCUCGUUCUGUUGAAGGAAGUUGCCGGUACUCAAGUCUACGAAGCUCGACGUGCCGAGUCCCUGAAGAUCAUGCAAGAAACCAACAGCAAGCGCGCGAAGAUCGACGAACUGCUUGAUUACAUCAACGAACGAUUGGCUGAGCUUGAAGAAGAGAAAGAUGAGCUGAGGAACUAUCAGGAGAAGGAUAAAGAACGCCGAUGUCUCGAAUACACGAUCUACUCCCGUGAACAGCAUGAGAUCGCCAAUGUCCUCGAGAACCUUGAAGAGCAAAGACAGAACGGAGCAAUUGCGCAAAUCGACGCUGAGAUUGCGGAGUUCCGUCAACAAAUUGAGUUCUUGAAGGUUGACAAAGCACAACUAGAAGACGAGCGACGCGAAGCGUCAAAGUCAUUAGCGCAAAUUGAGCUACGUGCAAAGGCAUUGUCUGACAAUCAAGCCGCUGCUAUGGCCCUGAAGUCUCGCCACGACAACGAUCUUGAAGCCGUACAAAGCGCGAUUCAAGAGCGUGAGGAAGAGCUUCAAACCCUUCUCCCUCGAUUCAAUGCCUCCAAGGACGAGGAAGAUGCAGUGAAGGCUCGGCUCACGGAAUGCGAGACAUCCCGUCAACGCCUGUACGCCAAGCAAGGGCGUAAUUCACGAUUCAAAAACAAGUCAGAGCGGGAUAAGUGGCUGCAAAUGGAGAUCCGGGAAACACAUCGAUCCAUCGCAAAUGUGCAAGGUGUCGUGGCGCAGACACAAGAAGAUAUCAAAGACCUUGAGGGAGAGAUUGCCCUGCUUGAACCCGAGACCGAGCGUCUACGUAAGCAAAUUGAAGGUCGCGGCGAUACCAUGCACUCUGUGGACCAGCAGAUUCAAGAUGCCAAAGACGAGCGGGAUCGACUGAUGGAUCAACGAAAGGAAUUGUGGAGAGAAGAGGCAAAGCUUGACUCGGUCCUGUCAAGUGCCUCGCAGGAGAUGGAACGUUCUGAGCGAAUGCUCUCUCAUAUGAUGGACAAUAACACAAGCCGCGGUCUUGCGGCAGUCCGUCGCAUCAAACGUCAGCACAAUCUCGAGGGCGUCUAUGGUACUUUGGCGGAACUGUUAGAUGUUAGCGACAGAUAUCGAACCGCAGUCGAGGUAACAGCGGGCCAAAGCUUGUUCCACUACGUCGUCGAUAAUGAUGAAACCGCGACCAAGGUGCUUGAGAUCUUGCAGAAAGAGAAAGCUGGCCGCGUGACAUUCAUGCCUCUAAACCGUCUCCGCUCGAAGCCUCUUAACAUGCCUCGUGCAAGUGACACUAUUCCAAUGAUUGAGAAGAUACAGUUCGACCCGGCCUAUGAGCGAGCAUUCCAGCACGUGUUUGGGAAGACAAUCAUCUGUCCCAAUCUGCAGGUGGCUGCACAGUAUGCCCGAAGCCAUGGGGUCAACGCGAUCACUCCCGAGGGAGAUCGUUCUGAUAAGCGCGGAGCAUUGACUGGAGGUUAUCAUGAUUCGCGCCAAUCACGGUUGGAUGCUGUCAAGAACGUUGGGAAAUGGAGAGAUGAAUACGAAUUAAAGCGCAACCGCGGCGGAGAGAUUCGCAAAGAACUUGAGAAGCUUGACCAGCUUAUCACCAAAGCUGUCGGCGAGUUGCAGAAGCUGGAGCAACAAAAGCAUCAAGUGCAAAACAGCAGUGGACCCAUGCGACAAGAGCUCCGUAACAAGCGUGAUCUUCUGCAGAAGAAGACCGACACGCUCGACGCCAAGCGCCGCGCGCUGCGCAAUGUCGAGUCUAACCUGGCGGCUCUCAAUGACCAGGUGAAUGCCUUCCAGGGUGAAAUGUCGUCUUCCUUCCAAAAGGCUUUGACAAACGAAGAGGAGGCUCUGCUGGAGAAAUUGAGUGGUACAGUGCAAGAGCUUCGAAAGCAAUACCAAGAGCUGUCUCAUCGGCGGAGUGAACUUGAGGCACGUAAAUCUGUGCUCGAGGUUGAGCUUCGAGAGAACCUGAACCCUCGUCUCGAUCAGCUCCAAAAUCAAGAUGUGGAUAUGGCGGAAGAAGAGGUCCAGGGCAAUCUUAAGGAGACCCAGCGGGAGCAAAAGCGUCUGAGUAAAGCCUUGGAGAAGCUCAAUGGGCGCCUCCAACAAGUUGAUGCCUCUAUCGAGGAGGCCACUGCCAAGGUUGGCGAGUCGCAGCAGCGCAGUGCUGACUUGCGACGUGAGAUGGAAGACUUGGCCCGAUCCAUCGAGAAGCACCGGAGACGUAUGGAGAAAAGCAUGCAAAAGAAGGCAGCUCUAACCAAGCAGGCCGCGGAAUGUGCUGCAAACAUUCGCGACCUUGGUGUUCUGCCUGACGAAGCUUUCACGAAAUACAAAAACACCGAUUCAAAUGCGGUUGUGAAAAAGCUGCACAAAACCAACGAGGCCCUGAAGAAGUAUUCCCACGUCAACAAGAAGGCAUUCGAGCAGUACAAUAGUUUUACCAAGCAGCGCGAAACCCUGACAACCCGUCGCGAAGAACUGGAUGCCUCGCAAAAAUCCAUCGACGACCUGAUCUCGGUCCUGGAUCAGCGCAAGGACGAGGCGAUUGAAAGAACCUUUAAGCAGGUUUCCCGGGAGUUUGCCACCGUCUUCGAGAAGCUGGUACCUGCCGGCCGUGGACGAUUGGUCAUUCAGCGCAAGACUGAUCGAACGGCCCGUGCCGAAGAUGAGCUCGACUCCGAAGACGAGGAAGCCCGACAAAGCGUGGAGAAUUACGUUGGCGUGGGCAUCAGUGUCAGUUUCAACAGUAAGCACGAUGACCAACAGCGAAUUCAGCAGUUGAGUGGUGGUCAAAAGAGUUUGUGUGCUCUUGCCCUCGUCUUUGCAAUUCAAGCUUGCGACCCGGCGCCUUUCUACCUCUUCGACGAGAUCGACGCCAACUUGGAUGCACAGUAUCGGACGGCUGUUGCUCAGAUGCUGCAGUCCAUCUCGGAUUCCACCAACGGCCAAUUCAUCUGCACUACUUUCCGCCCGGAGAUGCUGCACGUGGCUGAGAAGUGCUACGGCGUUAGCUUCAGUCAAAAGGCCAGUACGAUCGAUGUGGUCUCGAGGGAGGAGGCCCUCAAGUUCGUCGAGGGACAGAAGGCCUAA